CUCAGGCUCUCAUAUUUGUCGACAUGUUCUUCUAACAGGGAAAUUCACGUAGGUUUAAAACCCCAGCUUCAUCAAUUUUCCGAACAUAACUUUUAUACGUCCUGGAAGACACUGGAGUAAACAUGAAGUUCAAUGUGGCUGUGACUUUACUACUUGUGAGCCUUGUGGGAAUCGCCAUUCAGGGUUGUCAUGGCAAGGUUGUGCAGUUUAUUUUCGGGGAUUCCUUGUCUGAUGUAGGCAACAACAAGUAUCUUCCUAGGAGCUUGGCUCAGGCCAGCCUGCCAUUUUACGGUAUUGAUUUUGGAAAUGGUCUGCCUAAUGGAAGGUUCACCAAUGGCCGAACGGUUGCUGACAUAAUAGGUGAUAAUACUGGUCUGCCAAGGCCACCAGCUUUCUUAGAUCCAUCUUUGAAUGAAGAUGUGAUAUUGGAGAAUGGAGUAAAUUAUGCCUCUGGAGGAGGUGGGAUUUUGAAUCAGACAGGAGGUUACUUCAUUCAGAGGUUCCCUCUUUGGAAACAAAUUGAGCUAUUUCAGGGGACAACUGAAUUGAUUACGAACAAACUUGGCAAACAAGCAGCGGAGUUCUUUCAAGACGCUCGCUUUGUGGUUGCUUUAGGGAGCAAUGACUUCAUUAACAAUUACUUAAUGCCAGUGUAUAGUGACUCGUGGAAGUACAAUGAUGAAACUUUUAUUGAAUACUUAAUGGAAACACUUGAACAACAACUCCGGGUAUUACAUAACUUAGGAGCGCGGCAAUUAAUGGUAUUCGGACUAGGACCGAUGGGCUGCAUACCACUGCAAAGGAUCCUAAGUACAUCUGGACAGUGCCAGGAAAGAGCAAACAAGCUGGCUCUUAGCUUCAAUAAAGCUGCAAGCAAUUUAUUAGUCAAUAUGGCAAGUAAACUUUCCAACGCUAGCUUCAAAUUUGGAGAUGCUUACGACGUUGUAAAUGAUGUGAUUCGCAAUCCAUACAAAUAUGGAUUUAAUAACUCUGACUCACCAUGUUGUUCAUUGGGAAAUAUUCGGCCUGCUCUCACAUGCUUACCAGCAUCAACAUUGUGUGAAGAUAGAAGCAAGUAUGUCUUUUGGGAUGAGUACCACCCAUCAGAUAGUGCCAAUGAGCUCAUUGCUAACGAGCUUAUCAAGAAAUUUGGAUUUUUAGAUGUUAAUUCACAUGCUCCUGCUCCUGCCCCAGAAUCUGCCAUUGCUCCAUCUCCAGAUGAAUAACAUGUAUUAUGACCUCAGUUGAAAUGAUUGUAAAAGAAGCAGUUUGCUUUAACGUCUUUGAUGAGUCUCUGUGAUGUAAUAAGUAUUUUAAUUGUUUCACAUUUUCAUCUAUUUAUUAUAAAUAAUAAUUUUUAAA